CAAAGACGAAGAAAAAGAAAUUAUGGCAAGUAAACGUAAAACUGAUAAUUUGCCAGCAGAUGAGAGUGAUGUACUUUUGAUUCGUCCUUUGGGAGCUGGUCAAGAAGUUGGUCGGAGCUGCAUUAUGUUAGAAUUUAAAGAGAGAAAAAUUAUGCUAGAUUGUGGAAUUCAUCCUGGUCUCAGUGGAAUGGAUGCAUUACCUUUUGUUGAUCUUAUUGAAGCAGAUGAAAUCGAUUUAUUGUUUAUUUCACAUUUUCACUUGGAUCAUUGUGGUGCAUUGCCAUGGUUCCUUCAAAAGACAAGUUUCAAAGGACGUUGUUUUAUGACACAUGCAACAAAAGCUAUUUACCGGUGGAUGUUAUCAGAUUAUAUUAAAGUAAGCAACAUUGCGACAGAACAAAUGUUGUAUUCAGAAGCUGAUUUGGAAGCAAGUAUGGAGAAAAUUGAGACAAUAAACUUUCAUGAAGAGCGUGAUGUAAUGGGCGUAAGAUUUUGGGCUUACAAUGCUGGUCAUGUUCUUGGCGCUGCAAUGUUUAUGAUUGAAAUUGCUGGUGUUAAAAUCCUUUACACUGGAGACUUCUCAAGACAAGAAGAUCGACAUUUGAUGGCUGCAGAAAUCCCUAACAUGAAGCCUGACAUAUUAAUCACAGAAUCAACUUACGGCACUCACAUUCAUGAGAAACGAGAAGAUCGAGAAAAUCGUUUUACAUCACUCGUUCAAAAAAUUGUUAUGCAAGGUGGUCGAUGUUUAAUUCCAGUGUUUGCACUUGGUCGUGCUCAAGAAUUGCUUCUGAUUCUUGAUGAAUUUUGGAGUCAGAACCCAGAUCUUCAAGAAAUUCCAAUUUAUUAUGCAUCAUCUCUCGCUAAGAAAUGUAUGGCCGUUUAUCAAACGUACAUCUUUGGGAUGAACGACAAAAUUCGACGACAAAUAGCAGUGAAUAAUCCAUUCGUGUUCAAACACAUCUCGAAUCUCAAAGGCAUUGAUCAUUUCGAAGAUAUUGGACCAUGUGUUGUUAUGGCAAGUCCUGGAAUGAUGCAAAGCGGCCUAUCGAGAGAACUUUUCGAAACUUGGUGUACGGAACCCAAGAAUGGUGUCAUAAUUGCUGGUUAUUGUGUUGAAGGAACUUUAGCAAAAACAGUUUUAUCAGAACCAGAAGAAAUUGUUUCGAUGUCUGGACAAAAGUUGCCAUUAAACAUGUCAGUUGAUUACAUUUCAUUCUCUGCUCAUACUGAUUAUCAACAAACUUCAGAAUUUAUUCGUUUAUUGAAACCUCAGCAUGUUGUUCUUGUUCAUGGAGAGCAGAAUGAAAUGAGUCGCUUAAAAUCUGCACUUCAACGUGAAUAUGAAAAUCAACCAAAUGCCAACAUCACAUUCUACAAUCCUCGUAACACACACGCAGUUGAACUCUACUUUAAAGGUGAGAAAACUGCAAAAGUGAUGGGAUCAUUAGCAUCUGGGAAAGUUGAAAAUGGCGAUAAAGUGUCUGGAAUUCUUGUGAAACGCGACUUCAAAUAUCAUGUACUUGCUGCAUCAGAUUUAAGUAAAUACACGGACAUGAGUAUGAGUACAGUAACUCAGAGGCAAUCUCUUGCAUUCAGUGGAUCACCUGGAAAUCUUAAAAUUUUAUUGGAAAGCAUUGGAGGCAUCGGAACUGUCGAAGUUCUUGAUAACGAUAAAAAGUUCAGAAUUUUUGAUAAUGUUGAAGUGACAUUCGAUGGGAAAAUAGUAAUUCUUGAAUGGCAAGCUAAUCCAGUUAAUGACAUGUUUGCUGACACAAUUCUUGCGAGUUUACUUCAAACUGAACUUGGAGGAAGUCAAAUCAAAGGUACAACAAAAGCUACGAAGUCUGAUCAUUUAAGGGAUUGUAUUAUGGAGACUCUUCAGGAUAUGUUUGGUGAUGCUGCAGUUCCGAAAUCUUCCAAAGAUGACUUGUUGAAUAUCAAAGUCAAUGGAAAAAUUUGCACGGUCAAUUUAUUGACACUUGAAGUAUCAUGUGAAGAAGAUGAGAUGCUUCGAGAUAUGUGGGAAGAAAUGGAUAUAUUAGCUAAUUAUCUUCAUCAAGUUAAGGUUCCAACUGUAAAUGACAAUAUUUAUAGUGAAGAAUGUGUUUUUUCUUUCGAUACUCCGGAGACAGAAACUGGAUUAUAUGUAAGUCUUACAACCUUCUUCGGUUUUGGAAAGGAUUUUGUGGAACGUUACUAUCAGAAGACUGGUAAUGCAAUUUUCCUUCACAUUCAACGCAUCAAAACUGAGAUUCCUCAAAACAAAGAUGAAACUGAAGAAGGUCCUGAGAAGAAAAUUACAAGGCUAGCAAUUGGUCUUGAAGGUGGUUUACAAGAUGACACCAAUAAGAAGAAAUACAAUUACGAAGAUAUUUACAGUGUCGUCGUUUUUCCGUCUCAAACGAAAAUUCCAUUUCCAAGCGAUACACUUCCAGCAAUAAUCAACGAGUCUGUAAACGCAAUUAUUUCAUCAGAUUCAGCCUUUAAGAAAUUUGAGAAAGAACAAUUAACAGGAACAUGGGAUGGCGAAAUGAAGCAAGUUUCAGUUUAUGCUGUCGAGUUACAACAGCUGGAAAAUGGAAAGAAAAUUCCACCAAGCGGAUGGAAAUGUGAAAAAUGCGAUCUCACAAAUAAUCUUUGGUUGAAUUUAACUGAUGGAUCGAUUCUUUGUGGUCGAAAAUUCUUUGAUGGUUCUGGUGGAAAUGAUCACGCAGUUCAUUAUUAUCAGGAAACGAAAUAUCCAUUAGCAGUGAAGCUGGGAACAAUCACAUCUGAUGGCAAAGCUGAUGUUUACAGUUAUCCAGAAGAUGACAUGGUUAUUGAUCCGUAUCUGCAAAAGCAUCUUCUUCAUUUCGGAAUCAACAUCGGACAAAUGGAAAAGACUGAAAAGUCGAUGGUUGAAAUGGAAAUUGAAUUGAAUCAACGUCUUGGUGAAUGGUCGUUGUUACAAGAAAGUUCAGCAAAUCUUCAACCAGUUGCUGGUCCAGGAUUGACUGGAAUGUCCAAUUUAGGUAACACUUGCUAUCUGAACAGCGUCAUGCAAGUAAUUUUCACGAUCCCGGAUUUUAUAAGACGUUACGUGACUCAUGCCGAAGAAAUCUUCUCAACAUCUUCAGCUGAUCCUGUGAAUGAUUUCAAUGUUCAAAUGGCCAAACUUGGAAGUGGCUUGUGGAGUGGAAAGUACAGUUCUAUAAGUGAAGACUCCUUAGACACCGGAGCUAAUGGAAUUAAACCAACAAUGUUCAAGAAUUUAAUUGGAAGAGGCCAUCCGGACUUCUCAACAAAACAACAACAAGAUGCGCAAGAAUAUCUUCUUCAUUUAUUCAGCGUCAUCGAACGUAACAGUCGCAACCACGAUAAUCCUUCGGAUGCUCUCAAGUUCAAGAUUGAAGAUCGCGUUCAAUGUAUGGGAAGUCAGAAGGUGAAGUACAGUUAUCGUGAUGAAUGGUGCUUGCCAGUUCCGAUUCCUGUUCAUCUUGCAACAAACAUUGAUGAAGUUAAGGCAUAUGAAGAAGAGAGAAAGAAAGCUGAAGCGGAAGAUCGUCGAUUGACUGAUGACACUCUUGUUCGACCGAAAAUUCCUUUGAGAGUUUGUUUGGAGAAGUUUGCAGAAGCAGACAUUGUUGAACAAUUCUUUAGUACUGCAUUGAAUGAUAAAACGACUGCAACAAAGCGAGCUCGCUUAGAAGCAGCAACGAAUUGGAUUAUGCAACAUAUCGCUGAUGAUGAUUUUAAUUCACCUUUUAUUCCUCCUGGACAGGAAAAUGUUAAACAAGACUUCACUCCCAACGAAGAAGGUCUCGCUAUGAUCAUUUCAAUGGGAUUCUCGAUGAAUCAAGCAACAAAAGCUUUAAAAGCAACCAACAAUAACACUGAACGUGCUGUUGAUUACAUUUUCUCGCAUCAAGAUGAACUUGAUAUGGAAGAUGUUAAUGAAUUGGAGACACCACAAGUUUCAUCAUCAGCGGCAUCUCAACAUGUUAAGAAUUGUCGCGAUGGUGAAGGCAAAUAUCGUUUGAAAGCUUUCAUAUCUCACAUGGGAACAUCAUCACAAGUUGGUCAUUACGUUUGUCACAUCUUGAAAGACAAUCAGUGGAUAAUUUUCAAUGAUAAUAAAGUUGCAAUGAGUCAGGCACCACCGAAGGACCUUGGAUACUUAUAUCUUUAUGAAAGAGUUAAACAUUGAAGAAGAACAAAAGCAAGAAAUUUUCUUUUUUUUUUCAUUUUGUAUUUUAACUCAU